AUUAUAGGGUUUAAGGGAAGAUCGAUAUCGUCUCAUCGCUGAAAGGGCAAGGUAAGAUUGUUUCUGCAGGAUUGUGAUCCGAGGGAGCUGUGAAACAGUCUGCUUCUUAGCAGGAAACAUAUUAGCAGUUAUUUGGCUGAAUGGGUUUCCCAGCUGUGUAUGCCUGUAAAUGAGAGCUCUGCAUGGGCAACGCACAAUGUAUCCCUGUGUUCCUACACUGUGCUAUGAAGUGACAUCAUUACAAUGCAGUGACAUCAUUGCUUUGUAUAACUGGGUGCAUUCGUAAACUCGAUCUGACACUCACUGGGCACUCUGUCAAAAAGUUCCAGAGCGAGGAUUUCUGUUGGAGUUUACAAAUGGCUAUUUGGGUUAUUAAACAAGGGAUGUUUCGUGCUAAUAUAAUGACAGUCAGGGCACAAAAGGCAUGCGUCUCAGUUGUGAACGUAUAAAAUACAUCUUUAAAUAAGGACAGAAAGCAAAGAGAUAAUUAUCUUUUGAUGUUUUUUUUAUUACAGUUUUGUGGGCAUAACACAGGAUAUGCUUGAGAAGGAUCACAGAACUUCCCUGCCAAGCUUUCUGCCAACUCAUUGAUCCUGAACCUCUCAUGAACAAGAAGCCCAGUACAUACAGUAGGAAGGCUAUUAUUCCCAGCCGGAGGCACAGUGUCUCCACUAGUAAGAUUCCUGACCCUAGCAAGAACAGACGCAGCGUUUGCAGUAGUGCGUCUGGUAUAAUCAGCAGCGCGCCCAGUCCCUCUUUCACUGAGCUUGUUGCCCUUAUCAAUGACCCUUCUGCUUCUAGGAAAAAAGACCCUCGUGGAAGUAAGCCCUUGAGCCCUGAGGCUGUCCCUCCUAGCCCUGCGACUAUGCUCCCUAGACAGUCCCCUGGUCCAAAAUCAGCCCCCUCUUUCAAUGAGGCUGAGUCUCCUACCCCUGAUGCUGUCCCACCUAGUCCUGAUGUGGCCCCCCCAAAUUCACAGGGGGCUCCUAACCCAGAAUCUGUGCCCCCUAUCUCAGAAUCAGUGACUCCUGGCGCCGGGGCUUCCCCCCUUAGCCCUCAGGCUGAGUUGCCAAGCCUCCUAAACAGUGAAGCUGACCUCCACAGGAAUGAGGCUGGCCCUCCUAGUUGUGUGGUUGGCUCCCCACUGUCCCUGUUUAUUUCCAACCUGAACCAGGAUUUGCCCCGCUCUGCACUGGCCUGCAUGCUGAGAGAGGUGCUGUCAGAGCUGGACGUGAGCCUCUCCAGGCAGGACAUCGAGGUGGUGAAGCGGCAGAACCGCUUCCUCGCCAUCAUCCACCUGCAGACGGAGCAGGAUUCUCAGACCAUACUGCAGAGCCUGGAGAGCGCGUCACACAGGGCCAAGCAGGGCGUCCUGAAGGACUUGGCAGCGUCUGGGAAGAGCCUGACUGUCCGCAGACAAAAGACAGACUCCGAGUCCCUGCAGCGUCCGUCCAUCCCUUGCCUACCCCAGAAGAAACUAGUGCUGGGGAGUGGAAGCGACACCCAGGAGUCCCCUUUGGGGGGCAAAGGAGUCAUGGGCACCCAAUCCGACAGUUCCAUCAGCAGGCAGGAGAUUUUGGGGAGCGAGAAGCUGUUCUACGGGGCACAUGUGGGCAGCGAGACUCGCAAUAUGGAGUUCAAGCGCGGGGGAGGGGAGUACCUGAGGAUGGGGUUCCAUCACCACCUGCGGAAGUAUGCCUGUGCCUUCCUGAACGGGGAGGGGGGCAGCCUGCUGGUGGGAGUGGACAACGACGGGGUGGUGCGCGGGGUGGAGUGUGGUUACCGUGACGAGGACCGGACCAGGCUGCUGGUGGACUCUGCUCUCAAGGGCUUCCGCCCGCAGGUGUUCCCUGAGGCCUACUCCCUCAGCUUCUUGCCCGUGCUGAAGGGAGACUCCACCGGCCUCUUCCUGAAGGUGGUGCGGCUCAGCGUGCACCCCCCGGUCCCACAGAGAGAGCCCGUGCUCUACGAGACAGACCAUGGCGAGGUGUACAUGCGACGGGACGGCAGCCUGCAGGGGCCCCUCAAAGCGAGUGACAUACAGGAGUGGUGCCGCCAGAAGUGGAGCAGUGAGGUGGUGAGGCUGCAGAAUCACCUCAACUGUCUGCUGCAGGAGGAGAGGGCACUGCAAGACGAACUCAAAGAGCAGAAGAGAGUCCUCGCUGAGCUGCAGUGUGGAGAGAAGACUGGAGAGGAGUGGAGCCAGAAACACAGCCAGGGGGAGACCAGAGAAGAAGCAUCACACAUGGAACAGCCCACAGUCACAUCAUCAAAGAUCUGCAAGGUCAUGUAGCCUGGGCUGGGGAAACCUAUACAGAUUUCAAAUGUAUGACAUAGAAACUAUACAUUUUAUAUAAAUGGUUCAUAUAUAUAUUUAUCUUGUUUUAUAUGCCCCCUGUAUGUUUGUUUCAAUGUAUGGUUACUUAGAAGUCAUACAAAGUUGAGAUCCAUAAAGCAAUUGAAAGCUAAUAUCCACAGUGUAAAUCGAUCGUAGUACAACAGAAACUCUGCAGCAUGUCCCUGGCAAUGGAAGUGACAUUUCUUAAAUAGCAGUCUGCACUUUCAACUCUGAUGUGAAAUAAAAUACAUGUAUAUUUCAUGGGACUCAAAGGAGGAAUAUACCAACAAUUCUAUAACAUUAGCAACAAACAACUUAGUGCAGGAAGGACCAGUUAAAGUAAUGUCUUGAUUACAGUAGAUUUGCUAAUCUGAUCACUGCUAGUGCAAAGUGACCCAUAAACUGAACUAGGGAUUGACUACUUAAUGUCUGGUGCUGUGUACUGUUGUGUAACACUCUACUAGUACACACUUUAACACACAAAAUCUUUACUGUGCUGGGUUCCAAGUGGCUCACCUGGUCACAGCACAGCUGCAUGAUGUGCAGGGUGAGUCAUAUUGUCAGGGGAGCGCAGGUUCACGUCCUGGCUGUGCAAAGUCUCCGGUCUUCGCUGGGGAUUUCGGUAGAGGCCGUCACAUUGUCAGGGACUGUUUCUCCUCAUCGCGCUACAGUGCACCCUACUGGCCAGAUGCCCAGUGAGCUCAGGCAGAACCUGCAGGGCUGGCCUAUGUCCUCCAGAGGGCGGUAGCUCGCUGACAUCCGCUGUCGAGUUCCUGGGUGUAGAAGAGGAAGCUGGCUCGUUCGUGGAAUCGGAGGACGCCCAUUGAACUUCCAGAUCUCCUGAGCUGUGUGGGGAAUUGCUGUGGUGAGGGGAAAAAAUGAUUGGACGUUCUAAAUUGGGGAGAAAGUUGAGGCUAAAAUAAUUGGGCACACUAAAAAAAAAAACUGUUACUGCUGCUGCUUUGAAAAUGAAGUGUGUGAUUAAUGGACUACCAGAUUCUGAGUUCACUUUUCCAGU